AUGGCUGGGAGCUUUAGCCCAGACGGCGACCCUACGACGCGCACGCUGCUGCGGGGCGUGUUGGACUCAGCGGACCCGCGCACCCCGCGGCGGCCCCGGAGCCCCGGGCCUGGCCCCCCCUCCCCACACAGUUCUCAGGGCUCCCGGACCCUGCGCUCCCAGACCCUUCGCAGUGCCCAGAGAGCCCGGCUUGAAACACUUCCCUCCAGGGGUCUCGGCAGCCACACCAAGGCAUCUGCCCGACCGCAGGGGCAUUCUCAUGGAGCCAAGGCUGUUGGCAGAUGGCCCCACGUUCCAGCCAGUGGGCACUUGGAGGAGCAGACCCCCCGCACCCUGUUGAAGAACAUCCUGCUGACCGCCCCGGAAUCUUCCAUUGUGAGACCCAGAUCAGCUGCAGGGACACCAGUGCUGGCACCACCAGUGGUCCAGCCCUCCAGACGGGAAAGCAGUCGGGGCAGCUUGGACCUGCAGCUCCCUGAGCUAGAGCCCCCCACCCCCCUGGCUGUAGGCGUGCUGGCCCCCGGCAGGAGGAAGCAGCGGCUGAGACUGUCGGUGUUUCAGCAGGAAGUGGACCAGGGACUGCCCCUCUCCCAAGAGCCUCCCAGGAAUUCGGAUCCCCCGUCCCUCACCAGUUCCCUCAGCCUCACGCCGCUUCGGUCACAGUCUGUGAAGAGGCCAGGUCUGGCCCGCCGACCUCCCGCCCGCCGAGCUGUAGAUGUGGCAGCCUUCUUAAGGGAUCUGCAAGAUAGCUCCACCACCUCUGGGGCCUUGGCUUCGGCAGGUGACAGCCACAGAACCCCUGCUGCCACCCUGCUAAAGGAAACUGUGCUGGAGGACACCCAGCCCUUCUCCCCACCCUUGGUUGGCGGCUCCUUCAAGGUGCGCCUCUCCCUGCCUGCUGCUGCUCCCGCUCCCACCACUUCCCCUGGGGCUGCAGGAGCCCAGAGGCUGCGAGGCCGCAGGACCUGGAGCGGACGGUCGCUGCGUAACAGCCGUGAGUAUGCAGGUUCCCCGAAGCCCUCCCAACAUCCGACAGGCCGGCUGGAGGCGGCCAGCCCCCUGGCCGUGGGUUUCCCGAGCCUCCACAGUGGUCUCUCUGGAGAAGACGAUGGAGCGGAGCCCUCUGGAGACGGGGCUGACAAGCACGCCGAGGAAGGGACAGGAGAAGACGUGAGCAUGAGGGCCACCAGGGAGGUGGCGGCAGGCGCACAGGGGAUUGCUGGGGCUGAGGCAUCUGAGCAGAUGGAAGCCUCCGGAACCCCUGAGGCUGUGGAGCCUGAAGGAUCUUCCUGGCGUGCGGAUUCUUCUGUCAGGGCAGGAAGUCCCCAGUUGGCCCCCAGGGCCCCCGAGUCUCUCCAGGCCAGGCAACUUCAUAGCGGUAUUGAGCCAGCCCCGCCAGCCAAGCUUCCCCCCAGGCCUCGAGCUGCUGGCCCCAGGCCCCGUCCAGAUCCCUACAAGGCUGGGCUGAGCCACUAUGGGAAACUCUUCAGCUUCUUGGCUAAGAUGCCCUUGGAGAAGGCGGCUCUUGAGAUGGUGGAGAAGUGCCUGGACAAGUACUUCCGGCAUCUCUACAAUGACCUAGAGGUCUUUGCUGCUCACGCAGGACGCAAGACCGUGCAACUGGAAGACCUGGAGCUGCUGAUGAGACGGCAGGGCCUGGUCACCGAGCAGGUCUCACUGCACGUGCUGGUGGAGCGCUACCUGCCCCUGGAGUACCGGCAGCUGCUCAUCCCCUGUGCAUCCAGCGGCAACGCCGUGUUCCCCACCCAGUAGGAACCAGGCCUCCCUGCUGCCCUGCGUCUGCAGCCACUCCAGGUCCCCUUCUUUCUCCCACCCCCUCCUCAAUAAAAGCUCACAAACAGA